AUGGAAAGAGAAAAUCAAACAACUCUCUCUGAAUUCAUCAUCUUGGGGUUCUCUAACUUAAAUGAUUUGCAAUUUUUACUCUUUGCCAUUUUUCUUAUGAUCUAUCUUUGUACCUUGGCAGGAAAUGUCUUCAUUAUUUUAAUGACAUUGGCUGAUUCUCGACUACAUACGCCCAUGUACUUUUUUCUGAGGAACUUGGCCUUUCUUGACAUCUGCUAUACCACCACCAAUGUCCCUCAGAUGAUGGUGCAUUUUCUGUCAGAGAAGAAAAGCAUUUCCUUUGGGGGUUGUGUAACUCAACUUUUUGCAUUCCUUUUCUUUGUGGGUGUAGAGUGUCUUUUGCUGGCAGCAAUGGCAUAUGAUCGUUACAUUGCAAUCUGCAAACCCUUACAGUAUUCAGUUAUCAUGAACAAGGCCCUGUAUAGUCAGUUAGCAGCCUCAUGCUGGGGUUGUGGUUUCCUCAACUCAGUGGUGCACACAGUACUGACAUUCCGUCUGCCCUUCUGUGGCAACAACCAGAUUAAUUAUUUCUUUUGUGACAUCCCGCCUUUGCUGAUUUUAUCUUGUGGAGACACAUCUGUGAAUGAAUUGGUGUUACUCUUCAUUGGUGUCUUCAUUGGAUGGGCCCCUUUCCUGGGUAUCAUCCUUUCCUACAUAUAUAUCAUCUCUACCAUUUUGAGAAUCCACUCUUCUGAGGGGAGACAAAAAGCAUUUUCUACAUGUGCUUCCCACCUGGUCAUUGUCCUCCUCUAUUAUGGCAGCUCCAUCUUCACUUAUGUACGGCCCAUCUCAUCUUAUUCAUUGGCAAAAGACCGGCUGAUUUCAGUGUUGUACAGUAUUGUCACCCCUAUGCUAAAUCCAAUAAUUUAUACCCUGAGGAAUAAGGACAUCAGAAAGGCCCUGAGAGCUGUAGGAGAAAAAGUAACAACCUUCAAAUUUUAUUUUCUUUGA